AUGGCUCAUAAAAGACCGUAUCAUUGCCUUGUUAUGCUCUUUGUGUUGGGAAUUUGUUUUGAGGCAUCGCUGGGAGACACAGAUGCUCAAAUUUUGAUGAGGUUCAAAGGUUCCUUGUGGAAUGGCCAAGCCUUAAACAACUGGGGGAGCGAGUCUAGUUUAUGUAGCUGGACUGGGUUGUUGUGCCGCGAAAACCAAACAUUUUAUGGGUUGAGACUAGAGCAUAUGGAACUGGGUGGGAAGAUUGAUAUAGAAACUUUGGUUGAAUUGCCAAAUUUGGUAAGCUUUAGUGUCAUUAACAACACAUUUGAGGGUCCGAUGCCGGAGUUCAAAAAACUUGUGAGGUUAAGGGCAUUGUUUCUGUCCAAUAACAAGUUUUCCGGUGAUAUUCCCGAUGAUGCUUUUGAAGGCAUGAGAAGACUGAAGAGAGUAUUCUUGGCACAGAAUGGCUUCACCGGUCCUAUUCCAAAGUCACUUGCUAACUUGCCAAGACUCUGGGAUUUGGACUUACGCGGGAAUGGUUUUGGAGGAAACAUACCAGAAUUUCAACAGCAGGAUUUCAGAGUAUUUAAUUUGUCAUAUAACCAAUUGGAGGGUCAGAUACCAGAAAGCUUAAGCAACAAGUAUCCAAGUUCAUUUGCUGGCAACGAAGGCUUGUGUGGAAAACCUUUAAGUUCCUGCAAUGGCAACGAAUCUAGAUCAUUGAAACCAAACCUUGCUUCUCCUCACAGCAAGGGAAAGAAGCAUGGAGUCCUUAUAAUUGCCAUUAUAGUCGUCACAGUUGUAGCUUUUUCUUCAGUAGUUGCACUUCUAUUUAUCCACAAACACCGGAGAAAAAGGUCUAAACCCGGAAUAUUACCCAAGCGGGGUACUUCCCAUAAAAGUGUAGGCUUCAAGGAGUCACAAUAUUCCGUUGAUCUGACCGGUGAUUUGAAGGGUGGAGAUGGCGAAUUGAACUUUGUUAGGGAAGACAAAGGAGGAUUUGAUUUGCAAGAGCUGCUUAGAGCCUCAGCAGUGGUUCUUGGUAGUGGGAGUUUCGGGUCCACUUACAAGGCUAUGAUUUUGAGUGGACCAACAGUGGUUGUGAAGAGGUUCAGGCACAUGAACAAUGUUGGGAAACAGGAGUUCAGUGAAUACAUGCAAAGGCUUGGAACUUUAACACACCCUAAUCUUCUUCCUCUUGCAGCAUUCUACUCCAGAAAAGAAGAUAAGUUCUUAGUUUAUGACUUCGCUGAAAAUGGCAGCUUGGCCAGUCAUCUACAUGGUAGAGAUGGCUUUGUUCUAAAUUGGUCCACACGUUUAAAAAUCAUAAAAGGGGUGGCUAGGGGCUUAGCCUACCUAUAUGAAAACUUUCCAGGAAAAACCCUACCUCACGGUCAUCUAAAAUCCUCUAAUGUGGUGUUGGAUAAUUCAUUUGAGCCACAGUUAACUGAGUAUGGCCUUGUGGAGGUGAUGAAUAAGAGCCAUGCUCAGAAGUUCAUGGCAGCGUACAAGGCCCCAGAGAUGAACGAAUUUGGUAGGCCAAAUGUGAAAAGCGAUGUGUGGUGUCUGGGGAUCCUGAUUCUGGAGGUGCUGACAGGGAAGUUCCCAGCAAAUUAUCUGAGACAUGGGAAGGGUGGGAAUAACUCUGACUUGGCAACAUGGGUGGAUUCAGUUGUGAGGGAAGAGUGGACUGGUGAGGUGUUUGAUAAGGACAUGUUGGGGACAAAGAAUGGGGAGGGUGAGAUGUUGAAGUUGUUGAGGAUUGGGAUGUUUUGUUGCAAAUGGAAUGUGGAGAAUAGGUGGGAUUGGAAUGAGGCACUGGCCAAGAUUGAAGAGGUGAAGGAGAAGGAUGGUGAGGAUGAUUAUUCUUGUUAUUAUGUCAGUGAAGGGGAUUUGAAUUCAAAGACUAUGACUGAAGAUGACUUCUCUUUCUCUGUCACUAAUGGAUGA